AUGAGUUCAGAAAUGGUUUACCAUAGCAAAUCUGCUGCUGAUGUCGAGGUAUUCACUGAACGCAUUGUUGCAGACGAAGAAUUAGCUCCUUUUCGUGAUCAAUCGGCAGAUCUAAUAAUUUCAAGCCUCAGCGCUCAUUGGAUUAAUGAUUUGCCUAAAUGGUUUGCUCGUUGUUUUUCGAUUUUACGGCCUGAUUGUCCCUUAAUAGGUGCUGUAUUAGCUGCUGAUACUCUACAUGAGCUUCGUGUUUCCAUUCAACUUGCUGAAACUGAAAGGCUUGGCGGAAUUGGUUCGCACAUAUCACCAUUUGUUCAGCCGCAUGAUAUCGGAAGUCUAAUGCAUCAUGCUGGUUUCGAAAUGAUAACAUUAGAUAUGGAUGAAAUUGAAGUUAUUAAUUAUCCAGAUGUUUUUUCUCUCUUAUUUGAUCUUCAAUGUAUGGGUGAAUCAAAUGCAACAAGGAAUAGAUCUCAUCUUCGCACCGAUGUUAUUGUAGCUGCUGAAGCUGUUUAUAAAGUAAUGUUUGCAAAAGAUGAUGGCUCAUAUCCAGCAACAUUUCAAGUUUUGUCGUUUAUCGGUUGGCGACCAGGGCCAAAUUCACCAAAAUUGGCAAAGCGUGGCUCACAAGAUGUUUCAUUCAAAGAUGUUGCAAAAAUUAUUGAAGGGUUUUCCCACUGA